ACCUCCCUGAAUGCCCUCAUGGCCUUCUGGCGAGACAGUAAGGAGCUGCUGCUGGAGCUUAUGGCAUACUUCCUGCACAGUCCCGUCUCCAGCAGGGGGUCCAUUAAGGCUCUUUUCAUAGAGCUGGGCCUGGAGGAUCCGCACAACUAUUUCUACCAGGAGAUGGACUCUUGGGAUCUUUCCAGGGAGAAGCCUGUCACCAAGGCAGCGCUGAGGAGACUCUGCGCACAGUGGCUUGAAGGAGUGAUGCAGGAUUUCCAGGAUCACAAGAGCAGCACGUUGGAGCCGUUCCAGGCACGGGCGGGGAAAAGGCACUUCCCUGGCAGCAGCCCAAAGGCUAAGAAAGCUGCAGGGAGGAGCAAGGUUUCGCCCUCUGCUGGCAGCCCAGAGCCGUCAGUGGGGCCAAUAAACGCAAUAAACCAUUUCUGUAAAGUGCAGAUGAGGAGGGAUUUGGAGGAUCUCAAACAGCCAAACUCUGCUGGAGCACAGGAAACCAAGAACACGGUGAUGGCCUUGCCUUCCCCUGGGAGGAGCCAGGCUAUCUUGCGGCUAGGAGAGACCAACACUAUGGCGCGAAGGAGACCAUCCCAACGUUUCUACCUUCCGCGCAUUUUUCCACUCCCUUUGUUGACGGGAUUUGUACAUGCUAUUAAAUUGCCAGUGCCAAGAAUCAACGUGAACCCAUUUCCACCUGAUUCUGACAUGCCAGCAUCACAAAAUACGUUCAUCUCCAUGCAUCAGAAAGUCCAGAAAUAUUUCAUCCCAAAGUUCUCACUUGCAGAUAGCUAUCCCUGAAGCCAUGGCUCACCAAGAUGGCUCUGCAUUGACCGGACUCCCAGACUUGAUCAUUAGCAGAGACCAUUGAACGCAGAAUGAUAAUGGGCUCUUCUAGGUCUGGCUAUAAGGAAACUAAAUAAACUAUAGUCUAUAUAUAUGGUAAAGAUGGGAGGCCCAGCUGAGAGUUAUACACCAACAUCUGGAUGGAGCAAGCCACACAAAACAAAACGCACCGGGGAAAUAAUAAAUGGAAUCAGGAUUGUUCUAGUCAA